CAUUCCCAUCAGCCCCCCCCUUGUUCCUGUAUCCCGUAAUUCCGCGGCCUUCUCCCAGACUUCUUCCUCUCCAACCCCUUUGAUCCUCCUGCUCCCCCAAUGCUUUACCGCGCCUCGGCUCUCAAGAGCAUCGGCUCCCUUUUCCGCCCUGCUCCUCGAACUCUGGUUCUUUCUCGCGGCUAUCACGCCUCCCAAACUGCCACGGCUGCCUUCCCUGCAGCCGCUGCUGGCUCGCAGAUCCUCCCUGCCAGCCACUUUGAGGGCCCCGAAGCCUUCCGCAAGUAUGUCCUCGGAAUCUUUACCGGCUCCAUAAACGCCCAGGCGCAGCCUUUCCGUCGCAACCAUGCGGCUGCAGACACUGUGCUCAUGCACUCGUCUCUCAAGUCCGAGCCGGCUGCCAAGCGAGUCUUGAUUGUCGGUUCCGGCGGCCUGUCGAUUGGCCAAGCCGGAGAGUUUGAUUACUCUGGAUCCCAAGCGAUCAAGGCUCUGAAGGAGGAGGGUGUCCAAACCAUCCUCAUCAAUCCCAACAUUGCCACGGUCCAGACCGGCAAGGACUUGGCCGAUACCGUCUACUUCCUUCCCGUCAACCCCGAGUACAUUGAGUACGUCUUGGAGAAGGAGAAGCCAGACGGCAUCCUCCUCACCUUUGGCGGUCAAACGGCCCUCAACUGCGGUGUUGCUCUGGAGCACAACGGCGCCCUCAAGCGACAUAACGUCAAGGUUCUCGGCACCCCCAUCCGCACCCUUGAGCUCAGCGAGGAUCGCGAUCUGUUUGCGAAAGCCUUGAUGGAAAUCGGCAUCCCGGUGGCGCGCUCAACCGCAGUCGAGACCGUCGAUGCUGCCCUGGAUGCUGCCCAGGAGAUUGGGUAUCCUGUGAUUGUCCGCUCGGCCUUCUCUCUCGGUGGUCUCGGCUCUGGCUUUGCCAACGACGAGCACGAGCUGCGCCAGCUGGCGACCAAGUCUCUGUCGCUGGCACCCCAGAUCCUCGUCGAGCGAUCGAUGAAGGGCUGGAAGGAGGUCGAGUACGAGGUUGUGCGCGAUGCCGAAAACAACUGCAUCACGGUCUGCAACAUGGAGAACUUUGACCCCCUCGGCAUCCACACGGGCGAUUCCAUCGUCGUCGCCCCCAGUCAGACGCUCACCGAUGAGGAGUACCACAUGCUCCGCACAGCCGCCAUCAAGAUCAUCCGCCACCUCGGCGUGGUGGGCGAGUGCAAUGUUCAGUAUGCCCUGAACCCCAACAGCCUCGAGUAUGCCGUCAUCGAGGUGAACGCCCGUUUGUCUCGCAGCAGUGCCCUGGCUUCCAAGGCCACCGGCUAUCCGCUGGCCUUUGUUGCGGCAAAGAUCGCACUUGGUGCCUCGCUCCCUGAUUUGCGCAACAGCGUCACGCGCACCACCACCGCCAACUUUGAGCCGUCCCUCGACUACAUUGUCACCAAGAUUCCGCGCUGGGAUCUCAGCAAGUUCCAGCACGUGGCUCGCGACAUUGGCUCGUCGAUGAAGUCGGUCGGCGAGGUCAUGGCCAUUGGCCGCACCUUUGAGGAGAGUCUGCAGAAAGCGAUCCGCCAGGUGGAUCCCUCUUUCGAAGGCUUCCAGGGCCUGCCCUUUGAGAACUUGGACGAGAUGCUGCGCAACCCCACGGACCGGCGUCUCUUUGCCAUUGGACACGCCAUGAUCAACUGCGGCUACACCGUCGACCAGGUGCAUGAGCUAACCAAGGUCGAUAAGUGGUUCUUGUACAAGCUCGAGAACCUGGUCAAUAUCCGCAACGAGCUCGGCAAAUACCAAGGCCCCGUCCCUGGUCCCGAGACCUUUGCUGUCGGCGCCGAGGGCCCCGAGAUUACCGCGCCUGUCCCUACCACAGACUACAAGCAUCACACCUCCACCGUCCCAGUGCCUCUGCUCGAGCUCGCCAAGAAGAGUGGCUUCUCGGAUAAGCAAAUCGCCAAGUACACAGGCUCGACCGAGUUGGCCGUGCGCUCCCUCCGCAAGUCGCACGGCAUCAUCCCGUACGUCAAGCGCAUUGACACGCUUGCUGCUGAGUUCCCGGCUUCCACCAACUACCUUUACACGACCUACAACGCCACCUCGGAUGAUGUCGAGUUCAAUGACAAGGGUAUCAUGGUCCUGGGUUCGGGCGUCUAUCGCAUCGGCUCGUCAGUUGAAUUUGAUUGGUGUGGCGUCAGCUGCAUCCGCUCCCUGCGCCAGCUUGGCCAUCGCACCGUCAUGGUCAACUACAAUCCCGAGACGGUCUCGACCGACUUUGAUGAGUGCGACCGCCUCUACUUUGAGGAGCUUAGUUUCGAGCGCGUCAUGGAUAUCUAUGAGCGCGAGCACUCCUCCGGUGUGGUUGUGAGUGUCGGCGGUCAGCUUCCGCAAAACAUUGCCCUCAAGCUCUGGAAUAACGGCGUCAAGGUCCUCGGCACCUCUCCCGUCAACGUUGACCGAGCAGAGGAUCGCCAAAAGUUUUCGCAGAUGCUCGACGCCAUUGGUGUUGACCAGCCCGAAUGGAAGGAGCUCUCCUCGCUCGACGAUGCCGUCGGCUUUGCCGAUAAGGUUGGAUUCCCGGUGCUCAUCCGGCCGUCGUACGUCCUCUCGGGUGCCGCCAUGAAUGUGGCUCACGACCGCCAAGCCCUGCUGCACUACCUUUCGCUGGCCUCGGACGUGAGCCCAGAGCAUCCUGUUGUGAUUACAAAGUUCAUCCAAGGCGCCCAGGAGCUCGACGUCGAUGCCGUGGCCCAUGGUGGCAGUCUGCAAGUCUACGCCGUCUCGCAGCAUGUCGAGAACGCCGGUGUGCACUCUGGCGAUGCCACCCUGGUGCUUCCUCCUACGUACGAGCACGAAAACAAGGACUACAACGGCAUCGGCCUCCGAGGAAUCACCCCUGAGAUCGUGGCGGACUGCAAGGCCAUUGCCGAGAAGGUCGCCGCGGCCUUCAAGAUCUCAGGCCCGUUCAACAUGCAAAUUAUUCUCCAACGCGACGACGCCACAGGCAAGCACGCCCUCAAGGUCAUUGAGUGCAACCUGCGCGCCUCUCGCUCGUUCCCGUUCGUCUCCAAGGUCUUUGACACCAACUUUAUCGACAUUGCCACCCGCGCCAUCGUCAACGACGCCUCGCUCUCGAGUGUCGUCCCUAAACAAGAUCUGAUGACGGUCGAGCGCAACUACAAGGCCGUCAAGGUCCCUGUGUUUUCAUGGACCCGGUUGGCGGGAGCCGACCCCAUGCUUGGUGUCGAAAUGGCUUCUACCGGCGAGGUGGCUUGCUUUGGCCGCGACGUCAAGGAGGCGCUCUUCACCGGCCUCUUCAGCAACCAUAACAACUUCAAGCUCCUGCCGAUGAAGGCCGAGAGCGGCGUGCUCAUUGGAAUCGAUGCGCUGACCAACCUCACUGAGCUGUACUAUGUCGCCCAAAAGCUCUCUGGAAUGGGCUACCGGAUCUACACCGACAAAGAAUCCACCACGGAUCUGCUCAAGACCCAGGACAUUGCUAGCGAGCCGUUUGUGGCCGGCCCUGAGAGCGCCUUGGUCAAGGUCUUUGGCGACCGACGAGCGUCAAAGGCCCUGUUUGUGGAGCGCGACAUUCAGUUGGUGAUCUCGCUGGCCGCCAAGCGACCCGAGCACGUCGAUGACAUUGAUUACCUGGUACGCCGGAGCGCUGUUGACUUUGGCGUCGCCCUCGUCAACGAAACCAAGGGCGCUGUCGUCUUGGUACAGGCUCUGGAUGAUUAUGUCAAGAGCGGCACCAAGACCAAGCCCCAAGGCGUUAAGAGCUGGGACGAAUGGAUGUCUGCUUGAGCAAGAAAGCACAGCGCUGAUUCGUGGGGACUCGCUGG